CUUUCGGCUUUCCAGGCUUUCCUCUGUUUGUUUUUGCUUUGUAAUUUUAUCAUGCCGUUGUCAUGAAUUAUUUAUCUGGCGUUAGCUCGAUUUGAAUUUUCAAGAACGAGGUCGAAGGAAUGUGAUUACUAGUAUCUGAUACCAGAGGAAAAUCGUUUUAAUUUCAAGUACAGAUGUGAUUUUAUUUCUCAGAUUAUUUUCCCUGGUGAUACUUUUGAUACAUCCGUGUUUUCGAAAUGAAUACGAAGGCUCCAGAAGUUUCCGAUCGUUUGUCAUCGGUUCUUGAGGUCUUUGAUGACGAGGAUUAUGGUGGCUUCGAGGAAGAGGAUGAUGAGUUCGACGAUGCCAAAGCGGAAAAGGAUGCUCCAGCAGCAAUGGAUGAAAGCAACCAGAAAGUCAAGAAACUACAACAACUGCCGGACAUGUUCGCUGUAGUGUAUAAAAGAGCAACCGAUUUGAAUUUAGAGAAAGAUUACCACGGAGCUUUACAGAUCUUCAAAGAUAUUGCCAAGAUUGUAAAGCACUAUGCGCCGUUGCACGAUAUCAUGGCGGACUGCUAUCAGAAUUUAUGCAAACCACACGAAGCCUUGAGCUGCUGUAAAGCGGCUGUCAAAUUGCAUCCAAGAUAUAUCGAAGCGUGGAAAUCGUUAUGCGGAAGAUGCUGAUGUUCUGCAAGACGACGAGGAACAGAUCUAUGCGCUCAAACAUAUUGUUAAAAUGAAUAUCGGUAAUCUUGCUAACGUUGCGACGGAAUUGAGACGUCUUGUAUCACUGCUAGACCCCUCGGAAGCUUUCUUGGUCAACAAAUGUAGAAGUCGAUUGAUUUUGACGGAAUUGUGGAGUGGUUUACCACCGGAUUACUCCCUGGCCGUGAACGUGAUGCAGUGGCUUUAUGCAGAGAAAAGAAGACCGCAAGAUGUUUUGAUUUUCUUGGAGAAAUUCGUCCCACAGAGGAUUCCGAAUAACGAUUUGCCAGAAUCUGUUCUUACGGUUUUUGUGGAGGUGCUGCUGCAAACGAAGCAAUCGGAACGAGCUGCACAGUUUCUGAUCGAGUUAGGCGUAAUACUGCUGGACGUCCGCGAUGCGUCCGGAACGUUCUCCUUAACCGAUUUUCCAAGCGCUACGGUAAAGGACGGAAGUUCUGCUGCUUUGAUUGCAGCGGCUUGUAUUGUUAUGCUGGAUUUUGGCAUCUCCUCCAAUAUCGAACAACUUCUACAGAAAGGCAUUUUGGGCGCUAUUAAUUUGGGGAAGAGCAAGAUAUACCUGCACCUGGAAGGGAGGGAUAAGCUGGAAGGGAGCCCAUUCCGAGUUGAACAGAAUUUGAAUGGUUUGCAUUUUCACAUGCGUGGCGCGUGCAACCUGAUGAACCAUUCUGUGAUGUGUUGACAUUUGACAAUUUAUAUCCGGUUCUACGCUCUGUGAUGAAUGAAUAACAUCUUAGUGAAACUGAAAACGUUAGCCGAUUUUGGCAUUUGGGAGCACGAAAAUUUCGAGCCAUGAACAUUUCGAGUAUUAACAUUUUAUGUAUCUGUCAAAGAAGUGCGAAAUUCUGAUUAUCAGCUUAUUCGAAUCAGUUGAUGGUCGGCCGCAAGUGCGAUUUGGAGAAUAUCACUACUGUAAUCCCGUUCAAAAAGCCGUGACUGUGAGAUCAUAUCCAGCGGAUUCGGUUUUAGCGCGUCAAUAAUGCCUUAAAUUUGAUUUCGGUGGGUUCGACUUUGUUGUUCCUGUUUAGUAUCAUGAAACUGUUAGCUAGUUAUAAUUAUGUUGGUGAUCAAAAAUAUGU